UCCACCUGGAUCUGAGACUCAAGAGAGCCUGAGCCGAGGACCGAGGUGCACUUCACUCGAUCACGACCACCUCAAGAGAAUGGGCUCAUAUCUAGACCCUGGCCCUGGGCCUAGGACUACCCUCUCAGGGCCUCUGGGCGAGAUCUUGCUGAAAAGGCUCUUACUUGUCGAGCAGUCCUCCCAUGCACCAGCAUGGCGGACAAGCUGUGCUGUUGUGCUUUUCAUUGAUGUCAAGAUGCGCGGCUGAUAGGCCAUUGAUACCGGUAUAUAGCAACUCGGGACUGGCUAAGGUGUGGCGUCCUCCUUGGCCAGCUACUUGAGAAAUUGGGGUUUUGGCAAGGGAGGGACUCGGAAAGGGGCUCAUUAGACUUCACAACCUGAGAAGGGAGCCCUUGACAAGCACGAUUGGAGUGGCAUAUAAUGGAGUACGCACCGGGGUGCAUCAUCAGGCAAAGAAACCAGCUCGAGAGUCUGUUCUGCGCAAAAUGCAGCCAUCGGGGGCCAAUUCGCUGAGGGUUCUACAAUGAUGAAUGAAUCAUCUAUGUUAUCAGUGCGGUAACACACCCAGUGCAGCGGAGUAGACCGCCCUUUCCAGCACCUCAUCAAGCAAAAGAUUGACGGGUUGAACAACGCCCUGUAGCAAGUCGGCAUGGGGGUUCGGCAGUCCCGAGAUGAGGCGGCAGCGGCGGGGGAUCACUCAGAACGGCAUUCCAGGCUGGGCUGUUUCACCCUGCGGCGCAGGAAGACUCGCUUUGCAGACGAUGGUGAAUCAGACAAGGAGCAUGCAGAGUUUGAGUUAGGGUCCCUCCAACUGAGCGAUCCCCCGGCAAGUGAGUGCGAGCCGGAGCUGCGAAACCAACUAGUGCUGUCAUCUCGCUCUUCGCCCCUUGCGGGGGGCCGCCGGGCCGGUGCGCGGGGGUCCUGGAAGGGCAAGAACGUGAGGGCGGGCGGGGUGGGGGCUCAGGGCGGGGACUUGAUCAACCAGCUGCCGGAGGAGUGCCUGGCGGCCAUCUUUGAGAAGGCCGGGGGGGGGAGCUCGAAAGUGAUCGCCUCGGUGUGCCGCAAGUGGAAGGAGAUCCUGGUUGGCAGCCGCUCGGUCUUUCUCCUGCCGCAGUGCGACCCUGAGAAGCUCGGCAGCCUGCUGAGCCUUCUGCCAGGGCUGACCUCGCUGAAAGUGGCGCGGACCCUGGAGGGGGGGUGCUUCCGCACCUCGGACGAGGCCCUCGCUGCGAUCGGGCAGCACUGUGCGGGGCUCGAGGCGGUGGAUUUGGGGUACAACUUCCUAGAGGGUGACAAAGGAACAGGUCCCAUGCAGGAUGCCCCUCGCUGCGGGAGCUACAUCAGCAUUGGGGGGGACGGCAGCAGCCGCGAGUACAGCUCCGUCACAUCCAAAGGCAUCGCUCUACUCGCCCAACAGUGCAGCAACCUGCGGCGCCUCGGCCUGCGCAGGGUGUUCCGAGAGGAAACCGGGAAGAAAGAGGGGGAAGGCACGCUCGCAAUCGCAGAGGGCCAGCUGGAGGGGGGCAGCGACGAGGAGAGCCUGAGCGGGGGGGAGGGGCUGACGGACGUUUACCUGCCGUCGGUGAGCGAGAUCCAGGAAGGGGGGGUGGAGAAGAUGCCGGAGGAGCGCUGCUGCGAGGGGAUCGAUGCGGCGCUGGCGGCUCUCGCACGGUACUCGUCCCAUCUGGAGUACCUAAACCUUGCGUAUUGCUCGGGGCUGAGCAACCGGGGUCUCCAGGAAAUUGGGUUCAUUUCCACGUUAACCACGCUUGACCUCAGCGGGUCAAGCGGAUGGUCUGAUGAGGGGCUUGCGCUCAUCGGCGCCGGGUGCAGGAGAUUGCGCCACCUGUCGCUCGCGUGUGUCUCAGGCAUCCGGGACUCCGGGCUGCAGCUUUUUGCAGCGAAAGGGUGCCCGAACCUGCGGACAGUGAUCAUCUGGGGGGCGGGAAGAUACAACCACGUGACUCACGUGGGGAUUGCGGCGCUUGGGGAGGCGGCGGGGGGGCUGCGGUGUUUAGACCUGACGAUGGCGAAGACGGUGUCAGACGAGUGGCUGGCAAGCAUUGGGAAAAAGUGUUCCGCGCUAGAGGAGCUGUGCCUGGACUACUGCGACUGCAGCUUCAGUCAGGACGGGGUGGAUCGACUCGUCAAGGGGUGUCGCCAGCUGGAGAAGCUGCGCAUGGGCGGCGUAAUCGACGGGCGCGGGCUUUCUGUGGACCACCGCCACGACUCGGUGCUGUUCCCGCUGCGCGCGGCGGCCAACCUGCGGGCGCUGGACCUGCGGGACUGCCAGGGCGUCACGGACAUCCUGUUGGGGCAUAUCGUGGCGGGGUGCCCGCAAAUGGAGCAGCUGCGCCUCUCCAACACGUGCAUCAAAGUGCAGCGCCCCUGCCCACAGCCCGGCGCCUCCUUGCCCCUCUCCCCCCUCAAAAAGCUCAACCUCGGCUUUUGCCGCUACCUCAAGCGCGACGGCCUCCUCUCCUUCCUGAGCGGCAGCUACGCCGCUUUCCCGCGCCUCGAGGAGCUCUCCAUCCGCGCAUGCCUCGCAGCCGACGACGAGGUCCUCGAGGCGCUCGCGACGGCGUGCACCGCGCUGCGACGGCUCGACCUGACGGGCUGCAAGAACGUGUCGGACAGAGGAGUGGCCGAGAUUGCGGAGCGGUGCAAGCAGCUCGCGUGGCUAAAUCUGAGUGGCUGCGAUAAAGUUACCGGCGCGGGGUUCCGACCGGGGUGCCCGAGUUUGACUCUCUUAUGCAUCGGGAAGGGGAUUACGAACGCGGGCGCCGCGCGCAUCGCGGCGUCAUGCCCACAGCUCGCGUUCCUGCUCAUCUUUUUGGAAGCGCGAUCCAACGUCGAGAUCCGGCACGCGCCGCGAAAGCUUACGGAUGCCGGGGUGACGGCGUUCCGGGGGUGUAAAAUGCUGCAGACGCUGCGGCUGUGCAACUGCGACGAGGUGACGAACGAAGCGCUCGAGAAGCUGGCGGUGCGGCUGCCGAUGCUGCGGAAACCGUACCGGUUGUGGCAGCGCGAGCAGGAGCGGCUGCAACGGCUGCUCAAAGUCUGGUUCUCUCCGGGGUGCCUCACACGUGUCGAGGACACGUGGCCACUGCUCUCCAAUAGUCUACAGUUCUUUGACCCCCAGCUGAACGCAACUCUUGAUAGUUGAUCAUCUGUGCCCCGGUCUGGGGUCUCGAGUGUAGAUAGAAAAGAUAGGAUGUCAUGGGGGAAGGUUGACUUAUGGAUGCGGGGACCGUACUGAGUCUGUACUAUAUGGGCCGACUGACUAGCUUAAGGUGUUGAAAGAAGCAGGCAACAGCAUUCACGCAGCUUCUUGACGACACUCAUUUACGAUGAGAGGGAUCUGUGAAGUACGGCAGCAAGCUCUGUCAAAAGCAUUGGACCCGCUUAGAUCAGGUGCAGCUCAAAAGUCCGUCCACCCCCAUCAGAACACAACGUCCUAACAGCAAACUCGUUACUGACGCUGCUUUUGUCAAGUGCUUAUGCAUUGCCCUGUGUAGCUUACUUGCUUACCUUUCACGGCCGGACAGACACAGGGCUUGUGUGCACAUCAGCGUGCAAUUGCAUACAUGGCCGGCUAAGGAGCACCAUACUGACAAUUCCAAAACCUUGUUAUCCUGAGUCCCAAUUCUUGAUACCAAGGAAUUAACGAAACAAACAUACGGUGUCCUAAAAUUGGUCUUCGGUGGUUACGGG